AUGGCGGGUGUAAGCAGAUGCAUGAAGUACUCCAUGUUCAUCUUCAACUUUUUAUUUUGGGUGUGUGGUUGCAUUAUUUUAGGAAUCUCUAUAUGGAUACGUGUUAGCGGUGCUCAGCAGGGGGUAGACAGCAGCAUUCUUGCAGGAGUUAAUCUACUAAUUGCCGUGGGUGCCAUCAUCAUGAUCCUUGGGUUCCUCGGGUGUUGCGGCGCUGUAAAGGAGAGCCGGUGCAUGCUGAUGUUGUUUUUCAUUGCACUGCUUCUGAUACUGAUUCUUCAGGUCACAGGAGGUGUUUUAGGAGCAGUGUACAAACCUCAGGUUGAAAAAAUUUUUAACUAUACCCUAAAUGAAAGUGUGCAUGCACUGCAAAGUACUACAGGAGAAUAUAAAGAAUAUCAGGAAGAGUUCCAGAAGCUGGAGAAAAAGUACCAAUGUUGUGGAUUGCAGAAUGGACCUGAAGACUGGGGAGAAAAUUUUGACAAACAAAAAGACAUCUGUCAGUGUGAACUAGAGAAGCCAUCAGAAGUCUGCAUGAACUAUAAAAACAGAUACAUUUAUAGAAAAUCUUGUGGAGAACUGAUUAUGCAACAAAUUAAAAACCAUCUGGUCAUAAUUAUGGGGAUCGCCUUUGGACUGGCUGUUGUUGAGAUUCUUGGUUUGGUGUUUUCUAUGACCCUCUACUGCCAGAUUGGGAGAAAAUGA